UUAACGAGCAGUUGUCUGAUUGGUCAGACAAUAAUAAUAAUAAUAAUAAUAACAACAACAAAACACCAUCACAUCAAGGAAGGCAUCAAACGAAUAUACAAGUUUCCUUAUAUUAUUACAGCUAGUGAUUGGAUCAUUUAUUAUAAUCAUUUAUUUUCAUAUGUAUUCUUUAUUUUCACCACUGAUGGUGAGUCUUUAUUCAAUCUUUAUUAAUUAAAAAAUUUGUAUUCAAUUGAUGGUCAUGUGAGACAAGAAAAUGAGUAGUGGAUAGGGAAAAAGGAAAAACAAACAAAAAAAAAGUCACGGAUCCACAAUACACACGACAUAGAUUGGAAUUAUCGCCGGCGCAAAAGAGAAUUAUUUUUUCAAUAAUAUUUUUAAAACAAUGGAAGAUGACGAUUGUAAAAAUCCAAACAAAACCCUCGGAAUAGACGAAGCCUGUAUCAGUAUCAUAAACGACUACAAUACUUCAGUAUCACUUUACUCCUUCUUCAAUGAAUGCAAUGCCUGUUCUGAUCAAUUGUGGACAAAUGUGUCAGCUAAAAGUAAUACAACAUUGUCAAUUUCCACAAAAUGGCCCCUGCACAUGUACUAUGUUGAAAACAAUCUCCAGUGGUGUCACACGACGUACAGAUUCGUAGAACAUGGACAUUAUGGUUGGAAUUUAUCGCGUGAGUCGAUAUGUUCAUCUAUCUAUACAAUUCAGGAGGCAAUCAACCCAUACCUUCCGAUUCUGGCUGCUUUUAUGGUUCUGACAAUUGGCGCAUUGAUCAAUAUAACAACGAAAUUUCUCGUCAAUAUUGUUAGGGGAUUUCUAUCGAGAAGUACUGAGAUUGAUCAUGAUGAUACAGGACCUUUGGAUAAUUCGAGGCAACUGGAUAAUGAACCGCCGGUGAUCAGAGUUACGAGAGCCAGUACUAGAAUUAGAACAAUCGAUGCUUUUCGUGGUAUUGCUGUAUUGCUUAUGAUUUUUGUUAAUAAUGGAGGAGGAGAGUAUGUUUUCUUCAAACAUGCACCUUGGUUUGGCCUGACUGUAGCUGAUCUUGUGUUGCCCUGGUUCGCCUGGAUCAUGGGAUUGACUAUUGUACUUUCAUUAAAGUCAGAGAUGCGACUCUCCAUUUCGCGACCUCGAAUUAUUCUCAAAUUCCUUCGACGUGGGCUCAUUCUUGUUUUAUUGGGAUUAAUAAUUAAUGGACAAAGGGGGACGAGAUUAUCGGAUUUACGGUUUACUGGAGUGUUACAAUUGCUUGGAAUUACUUAUUUCAUUUGUGCUAGCAUUGAAACUAUUGGAAUGAAAUCUCAACGAAAUUAUCAGUAUGGAAGAUUUGCAUUUUUGCAAGACAUCCUUGAUGCUUGGGUACAGUGGUUGAUUGUCUUCGUGCUGGCUGCAAUACACUUGCUAAUAAUAUUCCUCCUACCUGUUCCUGGCUGUCCUAGGGGAUAUCUCGGUCCAGGAGGUAACGAGUAUCGUCAGCAAUAUGCUAAUUGCACUGGUGGAGCCGCCAGUUAUAUCGAUAGAAUGGUCUUUGGUCGCCAUAUGUACAUGAAAAUACAUAAUCCAGUUUAUGGAACUGUUGCUCCACAUGAUCCUGAAGGCAUUUUAAAUACAUUAUCUGCAGUGCUAAUCGUCCAAUUUGGUGUCCAAGCCGGGAGAAUAUUAUUCUGCUAUUACCUUCACAAUGCUUCCAAGAUUGUCAGGUGGAUUUGUUGGGCAAUUUUCAUUGGAAUAGUAGCUGGUCUUCUUUGUAACUGGAGCAAAGAAGGAAUUAUUCCCGUCAGCAAAAACCUCAUGUCAUUAUCAUUUGUCCUCACAACUUGCUGCUUUGCCUUCCUACUCUUCGCCAUCCUAUACUACAUUAUUGAUCACAGAAGGAUGUGGGAUGGAGGACCGUUCAUUUAUGCUGGUGCUAAUGCACUAUUUUUGUACGUCGGUCAUUACUUUACAAUGAAAAAUUUCCCAUGGGCCUGGGAGUUAAACGAUCCGACUCAUGCUGCAACACUCGCUAUGAACAUCUGGACAACAACCCUGUGGGGAUUAAUAGCCUAUUUACUUUAUCGAAAAGACAUAAUAAUCACUGUUUAAUCUCCUUCUAGAUAUUAAACAUUUUCAUUCUCUUACAUAUCACACACAUUUGAUCAACUAUUAUCUCUCAACUAUUUUCCCCUGACUAUUGCUCUAGGUUUGAUUUAUUUGCCUAGAUUAGAAUUAAUCCUUUAAAAGAGACAAAACUAGAUUUAAUUACUCAGUCUUGACUGUUGUGACUUGUGAGCCGUGUUUAUGAUGUAAAUCGUUGUCAACAUCGUCGACAAUUGGACAUGGAAUAAUAAUUAUAUAAUAUUGUCUUUAUACCUAUUUUUAUCUCAUUUAUAUUUCACUGUCAAUUGAAUGUUUUUGUUCUAUACGAUUUCUAGUAAUAUAAUUCAUUACAGUUACCAAUAAAAUGUGAAAAUUUUUUACUUGCUAAAGAA